GCGCUUUUGGCGCUGGGGCUCCUCUUCUUAACCCGCUCUUCUGAGCUCGUUGGUCAACCAUAUCGAAGCUCGUCGAAAUCAAUCUGUCAGAAAGCGGAUUUGGUUCCAUAGAUCGGUGAUUUGGUCGUGCGGGGAGUUGUUUCUACGGGAUUCAGGAGUCGGAGUAGUAUCGUACGGGGCUGUUUGUGGGCUGAUUGGAAAGGUGGCACUCUGUGCAUUGGUCGGCUCUGCGGAGGAGGUGGUGAAGGAAGCAUCAGGGAAGGAAGGAUCCGAAGCAGAAUUCUAAUCAGAGCGGGUCUGAGAGGCCAUGGAUCAUCUUAGAAGAGCUGAUGCGAAAGUUUCUCAAGCUACUCAUCCCGUCAGACAUGCGAAAUGGCGCCUGAACAGAUGGAAUCCCAGGGUCAGGUGGAACAUUAAGAAGCAUAAAAUGACCCACCCGAUCGACCAUCAAAAAGCCAAAGUGAAGAGAAAGUUCAAUCACAUGAAUCCAUUUUUCUACCUCAAGCGCAUCAAGAACAAUAUCAAGAGCAUUUUCAGAAGAAAGUAGAUCUGACUUUCAGAGGUGUAUUCCUUGCAGUUUAUGUUCUUGAUACAGUAGAUCACAACUUCUCUCGACUCUUUGUAUAUGAGUCUACAGUUGAGAGAUUUUGCAGACAUUUGAUGCUCGUGACGUAGGAAUUAGCAGUGAAACAAAACUCCCAUUGGAGUUUGUACAGAUAUCAUUCAUUCUUUCUUUCUUCAAGUAAAAGAUCCAAAAUAAUUUACCCCUUUCUAAUCAGCAGCAUUAGGUACUACUCGUAUGACAAUUCUGCAUAGCUUCUAGUGGAAUUUUAUUAGGUUCCCAGUUUUCUGGUAGAUAUACGCAGGACCCGACUGGUCUUAGAUAGCCACAGAAUGUCGAGAGAAUCAUAUUCAGAAGGCAAGCACAGGAUGAUGAUUGAGGACAGACGACAGUUGUGUCUGCGGAAACUGAUUCUCUCCACAUAUCUACAGUGAGAGGGCCGUGCCAGUUUCCCAGAAACGGUCAGGCAUUUUGAGGUGAUGUACAGGUGGAACUCUGAUUUUAUGGAACUUUGAGCUGGCGCCUGGAAUAUGCCUCAUGCCUGAUGCAGUCUAUAUCGAUGUAUUAUGCAGUCUGUCUGGAAGAUUUUGUCAACUGUUGGGAGACUGCAGUUCACACAUGUAGUUGUUUCCUACCUAUUAUGUGACUUGGAUCUUUUGACUGGAUGAACGAAGCAGGCUACAUCGAUUGCAAGAAGCAUAUUUGUAGGAUGUUCUCCUGAUGCUAUAUAAGGA